AGUCAGUCAUAGACAUCUCUGAAUAUUCAACUGCUUGAAAUAAAUUGUGUUAUUACUCAUAAAUAAAACUAGAAAAUUAUGGAGGACUUUUUGGGAGAGGAGGAGGUGGUGCUGCCGCCAAAGCGUGGAAUUGAGAAGAUGAGACGUGCAGAGCUAAUCGCUGAACUGCGCCGGGAGCGAAGGCGUACCGAGGCGAUGGUCAAGCGGCGGGACGAGAUUAAAGCUGCCCUGCUGCGGUGUAAUAUGGAGCUGACUGAUGCCAGACAUCUUUCGGUGGAAUUGAGCAGCGAGAGGAAUGCCCUGCUGCAGACGCUGCAACGGGAGGUGUCCAAAAACGAGGUGCUGAGCCAACAAGUCCUGGAGCAGGAUCAAUCAAAGAACGUCAUCGUGCAGAGCGUCCUGCAGGAUAACGAAGCCAAGGAGGCGCACUUCAACUUUGAGAUCGGUGAGAUUGCCAGCCAGCGCGAUGAUUUUCGCCAGGAAAUGCAAAAGCUGAAAGAAGAGCUAGGGAAGAUCCACGAGGAGAACAGCUGUUCGAUUUGCCUCACGCCCUGGGAAGCCGCCGGCCCCCAUCGCAUCGUGUCCCUGAAGUGCGGCCAUCUCUUCGGUGACUGCUGCAUCCGCCAGCACCUGGUCCAAAGGAGCGACUGCGGCAUCUGCAAGCAGCCAGUGAGUGAUCUGGAUCUCCGCUAUCUCUUUGGCUUACCCGUCCUGGUGGUUGGCCAGCGUGCUCCUGAAGCGCACAUCGAUCACUCCUAGCCGAUGAGUGUUUUCCUGAUCGAAACAUAAAUUAUCAUCCACCUUAUCAACAUUGUUUAUAAUUUACUUCAUAUUCAUACCUUUAAGACAGAUAGCUACAGGUUAUUAUUUUUUGGUGAUACAAAUUCCUCUUGUCAACUUAAGUAAAAUCAAACUUACUACGAAAAUUGUAAGGGUUUCACAUUUAUCAGGUUAAUGGGCUUUUCCAACAUUGAAAUUAAAGAUUAAAAUU